UACCCAUAAGCCUUUGCAACACCCUCGGAAGUCCUUUUCUUUCCUUCCGCCGUUGCCGAAGUCCCUUUUGGAUUUACAUCGGCGGUCACCAUGGCAGCCCUCAGGCCCCUAACAAAGCCCAAGAUUGUCAAAAAGAGAACCAAGAAGUUCAUUCGCCACCAGUCUGACCGAUAUGUCAAGAUUGCGAAAAACUGGCGUAAGCCCAGAGGUAUUGACAACAGGGUCCGCAGGCGGUUCAAGGGCCAGAUGCUGAUGCCCAACAUCGGUUAUGGUAGCAACAAGAAGACCAAGUACAUGCUGCCAACUGGCUUCAAGAAGUUCCUGGUGCACAAUGUCAAGGAGCUUGAGAUCCUGAUGAUGUGUAACAAGACUCACUGUGCUGAAAUUGCCCACAACGUCUCCUCCAAGAACAGGAAGCUGAUCGUGGAGAGGGCAGCUCAGCUGGCCAUCAAGAUCACCAACCCCAACGCCAGGCUCAGGAGCGAGGAGAACGAAUAAAGUGGUUAUUCAAAAUAAACAAUUUAAAAAGGAAAAA